CGAGUCGGAUGCGCCCUAUCUGAAACGCUUUCAAAUCGGAAAGAAACUCGUGUAUUAGGGCAACGGUCAUCUUUUACCCCUUGCGCCUUCCCCACCUCUCUCUCUCUCUCUCGCGCUCGCUCGCUCGCUCUCGCUUGCUCGAAAUCUCUCCCUCCUGGGCUGUGCGAAUCGAUGGGCGGCCACGAGAGCUCGCCGCCGUCGUCCUCCGACCGCCGCCAGUGGCAGCGGAUCUUUGGGACCCUGGUGGAGAUGCUGCAGUCCCAGCAGUCGCAGAUCGAAACCCUAGCUGAUGACCGCAAGUUCUUGGAGCGCUACAUCCACAUACAGAACGACCGCUGGGCCUCCAAGACCCGCAUUCUCGAAUCCCACAUCGUCCAGAUGAAGAAGGAGGAGAGGAAGGGUCGUCGCGUCCAGGCGGCCAAGUUGGAUCUCAUGGUCGGGAUGAAGGAGAGGGAGGCUUUGUGCUCCAAGAAGCAAUAUGAACUUGCCGAAAGUGAUUUGGAGGACUUCCGCGCUUGUGUGGAGACUCUGGGUGCCGAAAUCUCAGAGCUGAAGGAAAAGCUGAGAAGCAGAGAAAUUGAUAAUGGAGGGACUGGAGUUAGUGACACAAAGACCAGGGAAAAUGCCAAGGAAGAGCAGCGGUCUACCACUGUUUUAGAAGGUGAACUACGGAAGCUAAAACAUGCUUACAAGAGGCUUAGCUCAAAGAAAGAGGCAGAGGUCUCUGCCUUGUUAGCAGAGAAGGAUUUUGUGUGGAACCAGUUGAAGAAUAUGGAGAGUGACUACGCUGGUCUCCUUAAGAUCAAAAGGACAGAAAUUCAACAGGCUAAUGAAGCCAUGGAGAAGCUUCUUCAUGAUUUGGCGAGGUUGCAGUCAUCAGACAAUGAGAAGGAUGGGACUAUUGCUAGAUUGGAGGAUGAGCGGGCUAGGCUUGAACUGGGUCUAAGAAGGCAAACACAAGAAGCUGAACAGGCUAAUGCAAAGCUAGAACAGCUUCAGCAUGAUAUGGAGCAGCUGCAAAUUUUGGCCAAAGAGAAGGAUGAAACAAUUACAAAGUUAAGAAGUGACCUUGCAAAGAUUGAGAUGGAUGCCACCAAAAGCACUAACAGGAAAUCUAGAUUUUUUAAGGAUAUGAAUACUCAGAGAAACUCAAGAAAUGCAUCAGUUACACCAGUAAGGAGUUGUCUGAGGAGGAGUUCUCGGAAACGUAACUUGGAAAGUGCAAGAGGUCAUGCAAGUCAAAAGCGAAGACGUACUAAUGAAGAUUCUUCUGGAUCACAGGUCGCUAGUUCAGUUAAUGGAAUUCGGCAAUGUUCAAGAGGACGACAAACAAGGACUGUUUCACCAGUAGACAGCCCAAGGUUGUUCUCUGCUAAUUUUAAGGUUCCAAAAUUGAAGAGCUCCUCUCCUGCAAUCGUGUAAUUUAACAACAAUGCCCAUUAUGUAUUUUUCUUGUAUUUUAUCUGUAUUUUAUCAAUUUCUUGCAUAGUUUGAUGCUUUAUGAUUUUCCUUGUAAACUAAAUAUAUUUCAAGCCUUGUGUCAAAUAGCUAGCUAUAACUUUUGUUUGUUUAUUUA